AGCCUAUCUCGGCACCCGUGGAUCGCCCUCCCUACUCCACAAGGUCGUCUCUCCUCGCUGUCUACGCUUAGUUCACCACCUCCACAAAAGAUGGAACUUCCCGAGGGGCUGCCUCCAAAACAGCUUCUAAAGGUCCUAGUCCUCGGUGCAGGAAACUUCGGCUCGUGUCUCGCAGAUCACCUCGCAGACGUCGAUCACAAAGUGUACAUUUGGUCCCGUGAGGCAGACGUUGUCGAGGCGCUCAACGCGACCCAUCGGAACCCCAGGUACCUCACCGAGCAUUCCUUCCCGGAGGACAUACUUGCCCUUGGACCGGAGUUUCCCGACAGCCAGAUCAUCAACCAUGUUGAUGUAUUGCUGUUUGCGAUCCCUACUGAAGGUCUGAGGGAGACUCUGGGGAAAGUGCGCGACCGCUUGAACCACGAAGAGCCGCCUCUCUUCAUCUUUGUCAACAAGGGAAUUGAGGUAGAAAGUGAGGCACUCCCACUCGAGAUCAUCGCCGACACAUGUGGAGUGGAUAUUGCCCGUGUGUCCACUUUCGUCUCUGGACCCUCCUUCGCCAAAGAGAUCGUUAGACGCCAGCCGACUACUGUAUCAAUCGCUUCCCUCUCUCCUGAGCACGCGCAACGCGCCUCGGAUCUCUUCCAUCAGCCUUGGUUCCGCUGCUAUACCAAUCCUGAUCCUGUAGGGGUCGAGCUAGCAGGUGCACUGAAGAAUGUUUAUGCCAUUGCCUCGGGUAUUGCGGACGGAAUGGGCUAUGAGAACAACACGAGAGCAGGCCUCAUCACACGGUCGCUCGCCGAGAUGACCCGAGUCGGGACGGCCUAUGGUGCUUCACCUUUGACCUUCCUUUCUUUGGCUGGUGUCGGUGAUCUGUUCUUGACGUGCUCCUCCACCACGUCGCGUAACUUCACCGUGGGACGUCGACUCGGUGAAGGCGAGCAACUCCAGCACAUCAUCGACACCCUUGGUAGUGUCGCGGAAGGUGUUACCACUGCAAAGGCGCUACAUUCCAUUCUCCGAAGGCUAGAAGUGACUGCGCCGAUAGCAGAAGGCGUAUAUUCGGUUCUUUACGAGGGCCGGGGCGCACACGAGAUGGCAAGCGAGCUGAUGUCCCUUCCGCCUCAGUCCGAGAUCGACCUGCCUGUCCAUAUAUCGAAACCCGUGCAAGCGCUCAUGGCAAAGCUGGGCAUCAAAGAAGGGGAUCUGUCACCCCGGGCCAGUGUCCUGUCCACGAUAGGACCCGAUUAGUCUGUCCCUCUUGAGCGACUGCAGAUGUCCACGGACGUGCCCCAGGGGGCCGUCUCAUAUACUCUUUGUUUUUUCCGGUAUCAAAUGGCUUAUGACAGACUGCUUACGGCCAAGUUCAAUAUCGAGCACGUUGCGUCAAGAUUUGCCAGAACGAACCUCAUGGGACGGGUUCGAAGCAGGACAUGUGAGCAAUCAACCAUUGACACCAGUUACUCUCUGGCGUUUUGUCCCGUUGUUUGGCAAAGAGAAGUCUGCGCUCAUAUCGGUCUCGUGCAUGACCGUGCGAAACUGACAAGGACAAGCGCUGCCUCAACUCCGAGUUCUCCGCUCGGAACGCACCAGCUGACAGAUUGGUCCCUUUGAAUGGUGACGGCUGAAAGAAGGCUACGGGUACACAGACCCGUACGAGUUGUCACCGAUGAGCCCUCUAUGAAUAUUGCCAAGCAGGGAUGACGGUUCUAUAUUGCUUCGAAACGACUGUCAUUGGCCAGUUGUGACAUAAUCCAGCUGACUGGCAUAAAGGUGCGUCUCCAAUCGACGCGUGGCUCUGACAUUUGGGUUGCGAAUCAGGAGCGAGGCUCUUGGGGGCUGUUCGGUUAACGAAGUCCACCUUUUAUUUUUUUCACCCUGGGGAGAAAAGGGACCCCGGGACCAAUCGCACGCCACAUACUCUUUGCCAGUGUUUUGUGCCCAUUCUCCUUUGCCCUUUUGUAUGCCCGGGUGAACCCGCGUUCGGCUUCCGACCCCCGAAGUGUGCUCGCGCGCCGAACCGUUUUGCUCCUGCAUGCGCCCGUUCGGUGUGCAGCCGCCCAAAUUUUUCUCGGCCCUGUCCUGCGAGCACCAGUCCGGCAACGCCCUAUUACACCCCCCUACUUCUCUUUUCAACUCAAA